GCGCAGACGUGCUAUUACUGUCUGGAAUGUGAUGUCAGUUAGGUGCAAGUUGUUAUUAAAUACGCCCUUUUGACACCAUGAACUAAAUUGUAUGGUAUAUUUUGACGAAAUAUGCGAUGAAUCUAUCCGUAGCUGUUCAUAUUGAUUGAGAAUAUUUACUGGGAUACGAUGUCGAAGUCUGAAACAGGCGCUCAGUUAUUAGCAAGACUUGGGGGCAGACCAACAUUACAAGGUUUGGAGGAAGACCUCUUCAAUAAAGAUGGACCUAAGGGUGGUGAUGUGUUUGAAUUCUAUGGGGAAGAGGGUGUUGGCAAGACAGAGCUGUUUCUUCAUUUCGUGACGAAAGUGAUUUUACCCCAAAAUUGGAAUCAUUUUGAAAUUGGAGGAUUUGGUGGCAAAAUAAUUUACAUUGACACAGAUUAUAAAUUUAGCGUACUCAGACUUGCCAAAAUUUUAAACAACCGUAUUCGAGUCAUAGUGAAUGGUGUUACCAUGGCAACAGAUAAAAAACAAGAUUUUAAAAAAGCCACUGAGGAAGACAUAGAUUCCUUUGUUAAAAAUUGUUUACAGAAUGUUAAAUUGGUUCGAUGUUCAUCUAGUCAUCAGUUAAUAUGUACCUUACACAGUCUGGAAAAUCAAGUCUGUGAAUGUCCAGAAAUUGGACUGAUCAUGUUGGACAGUAUAUCUACAUUUUACUGGAUAGACAAGGCUAGCAAUAUGCUUGAUUAUUAUGUUAAUCAGAUCAAAUAUAUUUUAAACAAAUUAGUUACUGAUUACAAUCUAGUUUUAUUCAUAACCAAGGCAGCACUUGUUAAAAAGAAAACUAAAGAUCUCUCAAGGGUAGAAAACUCAUUCGACAUGGGUGACAAGUCCAGUAAAAGCGAAGAUAUGUAUCAAUAUGCUGAAUUCCUUGGCAACACAUGGCACAAUUUUAUACAGAAAAGAUUUAUAAUGAUAAAGGAAGUAUCUCAGAACCAAUCAAAACUCAGUUUACAUUGCAAACAAUCAAAACUUACCAAGACUUUUACAAUUUCAGAUAAUGGAGUUCAAUUCUCAUAGUUAACAUUUUUCAAAUUUGUUAAUUAGAAUAAUUUGUUAUUUUUUAGUAAA